AUGAGCAUUAUGAUCCUCGACUUAACGAGCUUCUGUAUCCCGCGCCAACGCCAGAAAUCGCGCAGUGAACGGCUCACAAAGCAUGCGUUCCUGCGAUUCCUGUUAAGCCCUUAUAACAUUGCUAUGCAUGCCGAUCAUAUGAUGCUCAAGGAAGAGGAUAUGCACAAGCCCCUGUCACACUACUUCAUCAACAGUUCACACAAUACAUAUCUUCGAGGCUAUCAAGUGAACUCGAAAAGCUCGGUAGAAAUGUAUCGUUAUGUACUGUUGUCCGGAUGCCGCUCAAUUGAACUGGAUUGCUGGGAUGGGCCAAAUAAUGAGCCAGUGAUCACUCAUGGACCUUCGCAGCUUACCAGGGUGACCCCUGUCCUCUUCAAGGAUGUGAUCAUCGCAAUAGCGAAUACGGCAUUUGUGAUGUCCGAAUUUCCCGUAAUCCUGUCACUGGAAAACCACUGCUCGCUGAAGCAACAAAGGAAAAUAGCACAGUACUGUCGCGAAAUUUUUGGAGAUCUGCUACUCAGCGAGCCCUUAAGCGAAUAUCCGCACCUACUUCACAAAGUGCUGCAGAAAGCGAUUUGA